GCUGCUCCCGGGUUUGUGAAAACACGAAGCCGUGCGAUGUGUCUCCUCACUAUCCUCUGUAUUCACACACAGGCAGUAAUAACGGCAAACAUCACACUCUGAAGCAAACUCUGGAGACCGCUCUGCAUCAAGCUGUAAACUCUAAGGGUCCUCAAAGGAUACUGGAAGAGUGGAAUAGUGGUGGCUGCAGUGGAAUCAUAUUCUUCACUUGGGAUUAGGAGCAAAUAAAGUCCACAUCAAAGAGGAACCAUAUUUAGUGUGUACACCAUGACAACUAAACCUCACCCUCCUCUGAUGAAGAAGCACAGUCAGACAGACCUGAUAAGUCGUCUGAAGAGCCGGAAGAUCCUUGGAGUAGGCGGCGAGGACGAUGAUGGGGAAGUGCACCGGUCAAAGAUCAGCCAGAUGCUCGGAAAUGAGAUGAAGUUUGCAGUGCGAGAGCCAGUCGGGCUGAGGGUGUGGAUACUCGUCUCGGCAGUGGGUUUCACAGUUAUGGGUCUAAUGGCCCUAGUGUUUCCAAACCAGCUAUAUGAGGUUGUUUUUGAGGAGGAGCUCUCCACAACUAGCAUCUCUGUCCGCCUUUAUGGAGGAGCACUACUCAGCCUGUCCCUCAUCCUGUGGAAUGGUCUCUACACAGCAGAGAAGACCAUCAUACAGUGGACUCUGCUCAGUGAAGCCUGCUACUUUGCUGUCCAGUUUCUAGUGACAUCCAUCACCUUAAUGGAGAUUGGCAUCCUGCCCAACGCUGCCAUGCUGCUGCUCCUCAGCCGAGUGCUCUUCCUGGUGGUCACCAUGGCGUACUACUACCAUCUGGGCCGUAAACCUAAGAAGAUCUGAGCUGUCUGUGUGACGCUUUCAGGGAGGGGACAGCUGAGCACAGAUCACAGAGAUGGGGUCAGAAGGUUUGGGAUAUUAACUGAUCAGGGUUUGGAGCAUUAUAUUUCCAGCCGAUGCCCCCUGCCUCUCCAUCACCACCAUCAUGGGACCUACCUUAUUUUAACCCCCUGUAUUCAAAGGAUAAGCACAGUGUCACAUUCCAGACUCUACAACAAGAACGACAACCCUCAUAGCUCAAGUGAAUUACUCUCACUGGGCUGUGAGGUCAAGCCCCUCUUGACACACAUUCCUUCUUUGUGCUGUUCUGAGUGCUGUUAUUAUACAGAAGGAGCUUUGUAUCACAUUGUAUCACCUAGCUGUUUGAUUUAAUUUGUGCAGUACAGAGUAGUAUUACACAACAGACUGUUUUAUGGACGCCAUUUCCAGACUCAGUAUUUGGUGUUAUCUGAUUUGAAUAUCUUCUUUGUCAUACUCAAGGACCAUGUUAUGUGCUUUUUUUAUAUCCUGUUUGCUGCUGUCGGUGUUAACUCAUUCUGUAUAUAUGCUUAAGUGAAGCCUGAUUGUCUGUGCUCUUGCAUGCUUCGGCUGUGCUAAGUGAAAGAGUCAAGAGUAGCCAGUUAAGCUACACUCAGCCCUCAAAGGAAACUUCUAAUUUUUACUUUCAAUAAUGCCCAACAAUCUUUUUGGUUACUUUAAAUGAAAUGCUGAAUCCAAACAUUUUUCAGGGAAAGAAUGGGUUUUUUUGUCAUUGAGAUAUCAGUCAAAAAAGUUGACCAAAGUGAACCGGAUAUUUUAUGUACAAAGCGACUGCGCUUCUGUGUUAAUAAAGGACCAUGUGUGCUGACUUGUAGAAAAAAAGCAGCAAAGUUGUGUCCCUGUUGAUUGUGCAGUGUAAGGCAGGACAUCAACAUUCUGACCUUUUACUGUAAAGCUAGUGUCACAGCAAGACAUGUCAGCAUGUAGAGCAAACAAACCGAAGCUGGUUCCUCUUCAGUGAUGUAGCAGUUUUUUCUUUUUUUUUUUAAAUAACACCAUAUCCUUCGCCUUGCCUUAAAACUACUUAAAAGAACAGUCUGAACACUGCAUCCUACUUCAUUUGUAAAUAUGUAAAUAAGUGUAUUUACUAUUAUGUGGUGUUCUUGUGACCAGAACAGGGAACUUGUUCAGUAUUAGUUAAAUGAAUUUCAAAUCUGUCUCCUUGGCGUGUGUUCUUUUGUACCUAUUUAAAAGCAACCUUUGUGUUUUUGACGUUUUGCAUGCAGUUUAAUCCAGCAAAAGAAAUGGCUUCAGCUGUGUAGCAAGCUGCUGCCACCAGAACACAAAUAGUGAUGAUUGGUUAGAAAUGGUGAAAAGACAGAAAAGGAACAUUCAAAACACACAACUCUAUAUGCUUUAAAUCAUAUAUAAUCAAACUCUUGACUUGGCUCUCACCAAAUUAAUAUGUUCAGUAUGUUUUCUACCUCCCGAUACUUAGCCACGCCUUUCAGGUUCUCACAGCCCAGUUUAAAAGCAGAGCCAGCAGAGCUAGUGUGAUAAUGACAUUUUUGCAAAGUAGGCAGAAAUCUUCCGAAAGAUACUUGACCCAUUCUGAUGAUUCAAAACAAGAAACACACUAUAGGUCUUCUCCAAAGGUGGUCCAUAUUGUUGCAAAUGACCACAUUGAGGCCUGCCCUAAAAGGGAGUGGUCCUGAGGUCAAAAUUAUUGAGGGUUUGCAGUGGGGAGUCCAGCACUGCAGGCAGAUGUGCUUGUUAACAUGGGUGAUAUUUCGGUCCGGAGAGGGAACGUGAAACAUGGGUGAGGUCUCCUGUGCUCCUGAAAGUUGUAAUUACCCUUUUUUCCAGUGUUUAAUUAGAUGCAGUUCUCCUGACUGACACUGUGCGCCCCAACCUACUGCUCAGUCCCGACAAGCAUAGUAAUUAUGGAGUUCAAGAGAAAUGUCGUUCCAUUUCCGUCAAUACAGGGAGCCUCAAAUCAUCAGCCUCAUGAAACGUUCAAAGCAGCUUAUUUUCAGAGGGAUGGGCAGUUUUUUUUGGGGGGGGGGUAUGUUCAGAAGAAGGGAGGCUAAGAAAUAGCUCUUUCAUCCUUCUGGUUCUCUGACGUAAAUAAGUUGAAACAUUACAUUGAUUUCUUGGGAAGUUGAGCUAUUCAUUCCCACAGAUAUAGAUUGAACAUAUGGUGUCCUGUUGUGAAUAGCAAACAAGGUCAAACUGUUUCAAGUUGUAGCAAUGUGUUUUUAUGUAUAUAUGUGCUAUAUUGUACUUAAAAAAUGGAUUGUUAUGGAAUUUCACUAUUUAGUUUGAAAUAAAGGACACUUGUUUAUUUUGAGGACUUCAAAAGUUAUGUAAUCAUUUGUGAGAACAGUUCCAUUCUGUAUCUGGGAUGCAACAAACUUUUAUUUGGAUUAUUGUGUUAUUUAUAAUAGAACUGAUUCUAAAAAUGACUGACAAUCACAGUUUCUAAAACUUUUGCAUAAUCUUAUAUUGCUCGUUUUCUGACCAAGACUUUGAAUCACAACAACAACAAAAAAAAAUGCAAUUUCUGAAGAAAUUUUGCCAUGAAUGCUGCAUGCUGGAUAAGCAGACAAUUUAGACAGAGUGAUCUACUGAACACACUUAAUAAAAUGUAUUUUGGAAGUGAUGUAGCUAAACUACAGAUACUGGGUCUUAAAUAGUUAACAAAAAAAAUUUUUAUAAAUAUAUACAUAAAGUGUGUGUGUGUGUGUAUAUGUUUAUGUGUGUAAGUAUGAAAGAUCUAGAAUACAUUGUAAAAAAAAACCAGCUUAUUUUGCAUCAAAUAUAUUGUAUAUAUGGAAAAAUAUAAAUUGCCACCCAAUACGUUUUUUCUG